AUGUUGCAAGAAAAUAGUAACGGAGAAGCUCAUCAUUCUAAUAGUAAUCAGUUUUUCCAUCCGAACAUAUGUCAUGUUUGCAAAUCAAGAAUCCAAGACUCUUUGAGACCGUGUAAUUGGUGCCACAUGAUCUCUUACUGUUGCGAAGAGCACAAAUGGCAGCACCGGCCGCACCAUAUCGAGAUCUGCACAAUUAUAACCGAUUUCAUAAACGACGACCCGCAAUGGUACGAUCGUUGUUACCUCUAUGAUGACUGGGUCAAAUUACAGGCAUCUCUUAUACGAAUAAUUCAGGUGAUACUGAAACGUCAACUAGAACCGUACGAAAUGCAGAUGUUUAUGUUCACAAAAGCAUGCUUUAUAUGUCAUCAACGGCAUACUUCGUACACCUGUGAAUAUUGCUUGUCCGUCAGCUAUUGCUCGGAUCAUGUACACCAUAUUUACAAGCACUAUGGAUCUAUGUGCUAUCAGAUGAGCUUAUGUCUCAACUUAGAUGUCAGGUUUUCCGAAGACUCAGUAUGGGAGUCGCUACGUAUCAAAAAUAUAUUUCCUGAUGUAAAGAGGCCUUUUACUAAUAUGGAAUCAUUCUGUAAUCAAUAUUGCCACAUUACUGAUUACAUAUCAGACCCGUUGACUCUAUACAACGGGAUGCAGUCCGCACAUUUGUUUCACCCCGAAGCGAUAACUAAUACUUUCGUCAUACAUAUUAUAGCUGCAAAUAACGUGGACAGACGUAAUUUUUUAGCAUGGGAACUUCUCUUACAUUUGUUGAAUAGGAUAACGAAACUGAUAAUUGUGCUAAUAGGUCCGGAAUUAGAGCCUGAAUAUAAUGAACACCAAACUUGCUUCUAUUGCAAGGAAGAUAAUAAGAGGCUUAUUCUUGAAGCUUCCUCUGUGUUAUACCACGAUUAUGUCUUUCAUAUUAAUUACAGAAGACCAAAUGUGAUUGUGGGAUUUCAAGCAGAGCUUCACAGACCUUUACCGGCUCUGAAUCCUGAUUCAUGGUCGGAAUCUAUAAAAACGAUGCAGUCUCAAAAAUGUCCGGUACUUUUAACCGCUACAUUGUCAUGUAAAGCGGAAUACGAUAUAACAAUGAUACAACAAGUCCUCGGACCAUCUGUAAAACCAAUACUUUCUACUUUUAAUGACUUCCGUACUUUUAGGCCUUACAGAGACUUUGAGGCUGGUUACGUAUCAUUUCGUAAUAUUUAUUUAACUGUCUACGAUAAUUUAAAUGUUUGA